UCGAUAAGGAGUCAUGAUGAGCGCGCUGCGGCAAACAUAAUCAGAAAUAGUCUGACAUUUUCAGUUUUAUAAAAUAAUACUCCUUGUGUAGCUAACCGAAAUUCAAACACCUAUGUUUCUAAGUGGGAUGUAUAUUUCUAUUCCAGCUAGAUAGAAAAUAGUUGUUCGAUGGUCCUCCGGAAUACCUAGGUGGCGCGCUAGCACCGAUAGCACGUCAAGAGGCGAGGUACAAGCGUCGAAGAAGAACUCAAUGUAUUUCAUUUCCUCCUUACCUGCCCGAACGUCAUUAGCACUUUUAAAUUCGUAGCAACCAAAUUUACUUGGUUUAUAAUGUAAAGUUUUGGCAGAAUAAUAUUUAAGGUUUUCAUUCAUUGAUUUUUGUCUUAAAUUAGUGUUCACAUGUUGACGAAGAGCCGUCAUAUUUCGGCGGUGCAGUCAAGUCUUUUAGUGAUAAUUUGUUUGAUAGUUUUAACAAACGGUUUUCCAUAAGCUAGCAAGCCGCGUCGGUUUUACACCAAGAUUCCCCCUGGACGACAUACAGCUCCAAGUCGAUGCAGAUUAUCCUGAAAAAUGGAAAGGAGGAACUUCUGUUCCUCGGGCGACCCCGAGCUCCUGGGCCCGGACUCGCGUUCUGUGGUGAGCCGUUUCCAGCAGCGUUACUGGAAAACCAAGCAGACGCUCAUCAGGGUGAGCGGCACAAAAGAGGACCAACACGUGGUGGCCUCAGACGCAGAACUGGAUGCCAAGCUGGAGGUGUUUCACUCCAUCCAGAGGACGUGCAUGGAGCUGCUGAAGGUGAUCGAACAGUACCAGAGGAGGAUCUGCUUUCUUUCCCAGGAGGAGAACGAGCUGGGUCGCUUUCUGCGCUCUCAGGGUUCUCAGGACAAAAGCCGUGCGGGAAAGAUCAUGCAGGCCACGGGCAAAGCGCUCUGCUUCUCCUCCCAACAGAGAACGGCGCUGAGGAAGCCCCUGUGCCGGCUGUACCAGGAGGUGGAGACGUUUCGCUUCCGGGCCAUCUCGGACACGUGGUUGACGGCCAAGCGCAUGGAGCAGAGCCGCACUGAGUACAGAGGCGCCCUACUGUGGAUGAAGGACGUCUCCGCCGAGCUGGACCCAGACACGCGCAAGCAGAUGGACAAGUUUCGCAAGGUUCAGGCGGAGGUCCGCUGCACUAAGCAUAGCUUCGAUCAGCUGAAAACGGACGUGUGCCAGAAGGUGGACCUGCUGGGAGCCAGUCGCUGCAACCUGCUGUCCCACGUGCUGGCCACCUACCAGACCACUCUGCUGCACUUCUGGGAGAAGACCUCCCACACCAUGGCCGCAAUUCACGAGAACUUCAGGGGCUGCCUGCACCACGAGGAGCCGUCAAGGGAAAAGAAGAAGAGGAAGAAAAGUAAAGUACAGAAAAAAGAUGAAGACAAUGCUGCUCAGGAAGAACUUGUCUCAUUGGGGGAUGACAACAGAAGCAGUACAACAAAAGAAGCAGAAACGUGUGAAUCAUCCUGGGAGCUUGCAGAAGAGGACAAGGACGCCUCGGCCUUGCUGGAGGAGAUCCUGGGAGGCUUGACGCUUCACGACCCCGCCCCCUUGUCCCGACAGUGGAGUCCGGUGUUUGGAGACACCCAGGACGGAAUCGCCGCGGCUGCAGGACCACGCUCACUCUUUCUACCGUCUCAGCUUCUGGACCAAAACUUGAACCAAGCUGCUCAACUCGCAGCUUCAGAGAGAGGCGGGACCACCUCGCAACCUGUUGCCAUGGGAAUUGAGCACCCCCAAGAUGCCAGUGGAUUUAAAGCAGGGAGCUCUUCCGGUCCAUCCAAGGACCUGUCGGCAUGGUUCAAUCUGUUUGCAGACUUGGAUCCCCUGGCAAACCCGGACACAAUCGGAAAAAGUUACGCUGAGCAACAACUCCACAAUGCUUAGCUAGGUACGUGGCCAUCCACGCUAACUUGCCAGCUUCCUACCAAGCCAUAGCGAACAUUCAAGGGAUGUCAUUUGCGCUUCCUGUUAAGAGUGACAAAUGCAAACGGAAUGAGCUUCAGACUGGAUUUAAGUGGACGUAUUAUUAUUUUAGCCAAGCCAAAGGCGACCACGCGCUCUGUCGGCCCUGGCGUGUUGGAAAUAAAACAUAUCAUGACAAUACAUUUACAUUUUCUGUCCAAUAUUGUCACACGUUUUGUUUGGUAAAUAAGACUCUUUAGGGCAGUGCCUCUCAAUUAUUUUCUGUAAUGCCCCCCUUAGGGAGAAGAAAACAUUUUGUGCCCCCCCCACCCCCCCAUGUUAUUAACAUUAGAGAAAAAAAAAAAAGUUCCAUAUUAUCAAUAAUAUAUUAUCUGUUCAGUAUUUUUCCAUGGUGUCCCACUGCACUUUUUAUCGCCUGCUCUGUCUGUGCUGUGUGCUAGUGUUGUGUGUCGUGAGUUCUUUUCAGUGAACGAGUGUACGAAUUCUUUUUUCAGUUCAUAUGACUUCAACCAGUAGGUGUCAGUAAUGCGCAUUGAAGCUGGUACCACCUCACCGUAAAACAAAAUGCAUAUUUUCUCCAAGGUAAGGGCUAACUUUAUUGCAUGAAGGAAUGCGCCGUUAUGCAACAACGAGGAGAUUAUGCUUCUAUUUGGGUACUCUUUUAUUUUACAACACUUAAAAUAACGUGUAUGGAUAUAUACGCCUAAAUAUUGUUAUCCAAUAUAUCUACUGCAAUUUCACAUUAGAUUGCUGGUUUGAAAUUUACUUUUUUUUAUUAUUUUAAUAAACAUUAAAACCUGUUCAAACUUG